GGGCCGCGACUAGGAGGCACUCGGGAGGCAGGGAGGGCAUGCGAACGACGGUGGAGCGCACAGUUCGGUAGUCGCCAUUGCGAGUCUCCCUCGUGUCUCGCGCAUCGCGACCGAAUUCUCUGAUAUACGCGUGGAGCCCGGACUCUAUUUUUCCGCUUAACCUAAUACAAUACAUCCCCCCGUCGUGGGCCCCCAUGCGCGAUACCCCGAUGCAGAGAUAUUGCAGCGAGCUCACCGAAAAAUUGUUGAAAUCCCUUGACAAGGAAUACAAUGUCGUCGAUAUGCGAGCCGUUGUCGAUGUCAUUUCGGCACUGGAAAAGACGCCAGUCACCAAGGAGGUGUUGGAGAUUACGAGACUUGGAAAACACAUCAACGAGCUUCGUCGAAAGACGAGUAAUGAAGCCCUGGCCAAGCGUGCGAAGGAUCUGGUACGCCGCUGGCGAGACAUGGUUUUACCGACGGUACACUCGACGCCGCAGCCUACCCUGGGCGACGCGGCACCACCGGCCCUCAAUGGCGCGAAGGAGGCGGCCUUGAGGAUUUUCAAGCCACAGAGCCCCGCGCUGCGUGGACUCAAGCCUCACAGUCCUCUGUUGAAAGACGUCACUCCUCUCAGAGUACUCAGUCCGGCGCUAUCCGUGCACAGUGACCAUUCGCGAUCUCCCAACGCGUCUUCGAAUAAUAAGCAGUCAAUUACCCUGAGCAGCAAUCACAGGAUAAGUUCCUGCUCGAGAAACGCGUCCCCGGUGCUCGGUAGCUCGAAUCAGAAUCACGUGACGGAAGCGGUGCCGCGUACACACAGUUCGAACAAGCGGCUGCGGAAAGAGGAGAGCGGCAAGGACCAAUGUCAAUACUAUCAAUCGCCGCACGGAGCUGAGUCGACGAUAGAAGAGGUGAAGAAGCAGCGGUUCAACGGCGAGAACAUAAGUGGUAAUUUAAAUUCGCAAGUGCCUAGCCCCACGCUGAAGGAACGAAUCUCCGAUUGUUUCACGGAGACCAGCCUCGCGACCACGAACGAGGAGUCGGGCCCGAAGAAGCGCGGCCGCAAGAAGGGCAGCAAGUCCGCGAAGCGACAAUCGUUUCUCGAGGACAGCGUGAAGGAGAAGCUGGCCAGUAUCUCGAGGAACCCGAAGCUGAAGACCACGCAGGAGCUGCUGGCCGACCUGCAGGCGCGCGGAAUCAAUUGCAGUCCCGUCGGCAGCGCCAAUGCCCUACCUAGUCAAAGCGUCGCGGAACCGCCCAGCAUGGACGACGUUCUGCGGGGCAGCAACAACGAGCGGGUGUCCAAGUAUCUGCGCUGCUCGAGCCAGAACCACUCCCAGGGCCUGCACAAGAGUGCGGGCUCCUCGGAGUUGGCGUCCGCUGGCAAAGCGCAGAGGGCGGCUCGAUUGAGAUCCGCGGAGAAUUGUCGCGAACCCUCGCCCGAGUCGUGUCAGGACAGGCUGCGCGACAACGAUAGGCUAUCAGGUACCACCGAGACGUCGAGCUGUCGAUCGCCGUUGCAGCGGGACCUCACGGUCGAGGAGAUACUGGCCAAGUUACCGCCCUUGGAUCCCAGCUCGAUAGACUGGGGCGAGAACGAGGAAACGAGGAACGACGUCCAAUGUUUUCCGCCGCCGCGGCAAGGUACCGCUGAGGAUCUCGAGAGGUUGCACGCGCAGUAUAUGGAGGGACUUAACGGCAACUUUCAACCGAGACCGUCGGCGGCGGCGACCGCGUGUGCCGACGAGCGCCCCAACGCCAGGGACGGAGGAAACGGAGUGCCGUCAGGCUUGUCGAACGUGGACAGUGUAAAAAGUGUGCGCAACAACCAAACUGACGAUGCGGAGUUUCGGGAGUGGCACCAGAUGUUAGCGAGGCCCAGUUACCAGGGCGAAAUCCUCAACAUAAUGCCUUAUGUUAUUAUCGAUUAGUGAUUUUAUCAUCUUAUUCUAUUAUUAUCCUCUGCCCCUC